AUGGCUCCUUCAGGUCCUUUCUCUACUAUUGUCCAUCCUUUCGAAUCCAAGUGCCGAGGUUCGGCGGCUUACGAGAUUGGUCUACCUUCGGCUCGUAAUGCCAUCGUGUUUAUCGGCGGGCUUACAGAUGGGCCACAUACUAUUCCCUACACCCGACUUCUAGCCCAACGACUAGAAGAGGCAAAGGAACUAGGCUACUCCGUUAUCGAGUUCCGCAUGAGGAGCUCUUUUAUUGGUUUUGGUAUUUCAAACCUUUCCAACGACGUGGAAGACAUCUCUGCUCUGGUCAAGUAUCUUCGAGGAAUUGGCAAGGAAAAGAUCGUUAUAUUUGGUUCCUCAACUGGCUGCCAGGACUGCAUUGAGUACGCCAACUAUGAAAAGUACAACAAUGAGCCUGUGGACGGCUUCAUCUUGCAGGGUCCGGUAUCGGAUCGGGAGACAUUAGAGCUGAUCUUCCCUGAUCCUCAGCCAAGUCUCGACCUCGCGGCAAAAAUGAUUUCUGAAGGAAAGGGCGGCGAUUGCAUGCCUUUUGCCAUGAUUCCUGCUGCUCUGGGAGCUCCCAUCUCGGCUUACCGGUUCCAGUCUUUGGCAAUCAAAGGUGGUGACGAUGACUACUUCUCGUCGGACCUGGACAAAGAAGUCCUGGAGAAGAAUUGGUCUCGGUUCAAGAACCCGGUGCUAGUCCUACAUUCUGCGGAAGAUGAGUAUGUCCCUGCCCGCAUCGACCAGGCUGCGAGCAACAAAAAAUACAAGGCAUUGAACCCAGUCGUCAGCCACUUGUCGGGACUGAUUCCUGGCGCGAGUCAUACCGUAGAUCAACCCGAGGCACAGGAAUGGCUUUCUAAGCAGGUGGUUACGUUUCUGAGAGAUGUUUAG